AUGUCUAAUGCUGAUCCGAACCAACAUGGUGUUGACUUAAUAUUGGGUGGUCAUGACCAUGUAUACUACCUAGGUCGCGGUAUUAACAACUUCAAAGGCGCCGAUUUUGAUCAUGAUAUGAUUGGAUCAGAAGAUGAUAAAAGUACUCUUAUCGUGAAGAGCGGUACUGAUUUUCAUGACCUCAGUGAAGUGCAUAUUUCGCUAUCAGAGCCUCACCCUGACACUUGUGUUCGCCGUCGCACUAUUGAAUGCAUUACAGGCACUCCAGAGGACCCCUCUCUGCCCGAGCUUCAAGUCCUUUUGGACAAGCUUAUGAAGCGUAUCUCGAAGUCCACACAGCAACCAGUUGCGCUAUCCCUGAAUGAGUGGGAUGUAACAUCCAAAGCUGUCCGGACUGAUGAGUCUGGUUUUGGCGACUUUGUGGCCGACAUUCUGCUCAUGUCCAUGGAGCGCACACUGCGAACACAGUCACCUGAGCAAAACGAAAAUGCCGUUUCUGGUGGUUAUCGUAUGGCAGAUUGUUCCAUCAUCUGUGGUGGUUCACUGCGAAGCGAUAGCACAUUUGGGCCAGGCGAAAUCACUCUUGGCAACUUGAUGGAAAUAAUGCCCUUUGAAGAUCCAAUUGUUGUCAAGGAACUAACCGGACAAGACAUUUGGGAUGCUUUAGAGAAUGGAUUCAGUGCAUAUCCCAAGCAAGAGGGCCGGUUUCCUCAGGUCGCCGGAAUGCAAAUUGUAUGGGAUUCCCGUCGAGAGCCCGGCCAUCGUGUUAUUAGUGUUGAUUUUCUUCAUCAACCUUUUGAUGGAGAGAUCACUGAGGGGAAAGAUGUGUUCAUGAAAAUCCGUGAUUCCUAUUUAUAUGAACCCGAUCAUUGCUCUAACAAUGAGCAAUCUGUCAUGGUACACCGAGCCAUUCCUAAGGUUAAAAAGCCACUCAAGUUGGAUCAAACGUAUUGGGUCGUUACUCGCGAGUAUCUGGCCCAAGGAAACGAUGGGUAUUUAGCACUCAGACGAGGCCGCUAUAUUAUUGAUGAUGAAUCGGGUCAAUUAAUGUCCGCUAUUGUUCGCAAGUUCUUGCUGGGUGCGACAUACAUUUGGCGUUGGAAUCAUGUUGAAUCUCGCAAGCCACAUGUACCUACAGUACCUGACUCACCAUCCGCUUCUGAUUCCAGCUUUGACUCCAGUUUCAGUGUACAAGCUCGCAAAAGACGCCGUACAUCUCUACUCACUCACUUAUUCAACACCUCACUUGAAGAACCAGUCCAUUUGUCACUAGGCACUAGCGAGGCAGUUCAACGUGCAAACGAGUUACGUCUACGCCGAUCGAACUCAUUUCGAAAGGAACAAGCCAAGUCAGGAUAUGUGUCGGAUUCCGAUACUGAGAAAAGGCGUGAUCCACUUUUCGUGGACUAUAGCCCAACAUCAAUUCGUGAUGCCCUAUUUGUUGCAUCUCAUGAGCAUCAUUCUCACUAUGACACGGCCUCACGAAUUGAUACAAACCUUGUCCUGGAACAAGGAUGCAAAAAGGAGGACUUGGCUGUCGUUGUGGCACUUCCUGAUGGCCGCAUGAGUGACCGUGGACGGCAGUCGUAG